AUGACGGUUAAAGGGUCAAAUGGGACUUUGCUCAGUCCAUCGGAGCAGACUCCAUUACUGCGCGAGGACCCCGCCAGCAUUGGAGCGGGCGAUCGUCAGGAACCGGUGGCCGACGAGCCCAGCACUCGCGAAUUGAUCGUGAUUCUGGGCAGUAUCUGGGUGGGAGUCUUCCUCGCAGCUCUUGAUACGACGAUCGUUGCGACGCUCUCGGGCCCCAUUUCCUCCUCCUUCAACUCGUUCUCACUGCUCUCAUGGCUAGCGACCUCCUAUCUUAUUUCAAACGCUGCUUGUCAACCUCUGAGCGGCCGUUUGACCGAUAUCUAUUCGCGCCGCUGGGGGCUGGUCGUUUCCAAUGUCUUCUUCGCUCUUGGAAACCUGAUCUGUGGCCUGGCAAACGCACAAUGGUCGAUUAUUCUUGGCCGUGUCGUCGCAGGUAUGGGAGGCGGUGGCCUGCUGGUCAUUUCAACCUUUGUCACCUCUGACUUGGCGGAUUGGGGGGGUGUCUUCGGGGGCUGGAUCAAUGAUACACUGGGUUGGCGCUGGGCCUUUUUGCUUCAGGUCCCUUUCCUGGUUGUUUCGGGCAUUUUGGUCGCGUGGAAAGUGAACAUUCCCGUCAAGAAUUCGGAUAAAUCUCGGAUCAAACGUGUCGACUUCCUGGGCGCCAUCACGCUUGUUCUGACGAUGGUGACUCUACUUCUGGGGCUGAAUACCGGAGGCAACCAAUUGCCCUGGACGCACCCGUUGGUUCUCAUGUCUUUCCCAUUCUCCGCGAUAUUCCUCGGCCUUUUCAUUUAUAUUGAGGCGCGAGUCGCGGCUGAGCCCAUCAUCCCCAUUAGAUUACUGCUCGACCGGACGGUCGCGUCGGCCUGUCUGACAAACUGGUUCACUACGAUGGCAGUCUUUGGUUUACUCUUUUACCUGCCUCUCUACUUCCAGGUGCAAGGUAUGUCAGCUACGGCGGCCGGGGUGCGCUUAAUCCCCCAGGCGAUCGGUACUUCCAUUGGAUCUCUUGCAUGUGGCUUCAUCAUGCGUGCCAAGGGACGGUAUAUGAUCCUGAAUUAUUUGGCCAUGGCCCUAUUGGUGGCUUCAGGUGGGCUGAUCUGCACUUUGACAUUGACCACGCCUGCAUGGGUACCGUUUGUCUAUUUCUUCAUGAUGGGGACGGCGUAUGGCAGUAUUCUGACCAUCACUCUGGUGGCGCUGAUCUCUGCCGUGGACCACGAGCACCAUGCAGUGGUGACCUCCGCAUCGUACGCUUUCCGCAGUACCGGAAGCACGAUCGGCAUCACGAUUGCCUCGGCUGUGUUCCAGAACACGCUGAAGGCUGGGCUGUGGUCCCGCUUUGGAGGCCUCAAGCACGCAGCAGAGCGAAUCGCCCGACUUCGCGACAGCCUAGAUGAGAUCCGUAAGCUUCCUGCCGAUUGGAUUCCGAGGGCCCUCGACAUCUACAUGAUUUCUCUACGUAGUGUCUUUCUAGCUCUGCUUGGCCUGACGGUCUUGGGGGCAUUGGCUAGCCUCGCGAUGCGCGAGCACAAGCUGCAUAAUAACCUUUCUCGUCGUUGA